GACUGUGUGAGAGGCUUCCCGGAAGCUUGUCGCGCUUGGACGAUCCUCGUUGCUGCCCUUGUCGAUCGGCUACGUUCUGCUCCUCGCCGUGGAAGUCUUACUCCAUCAAGGGAACCAAGUCCCAACUCGACGUUUUCCGCGCCUGAUUCUACACGUAGCUUGAAUUGCACGGGGUUAAGAAGGGAUAGUACUUUUCGGUCAAGCUGGAAUAACAUCCAGCACAGCACACAAGACUCGUUAGGUACUCCUGGAUGUCCAGUCAGGAGGAAUUCAUAUCGUGGUGCUGCCUCAGACAUGAGUGGAGGAUGCAUCGACAUGACUUCACUGAAAGCUGAGCUUCCCGAUGUUCGUAGUAGCCCAGCCAUAGCCUAA